CCACCGCGCGAUUCCCCUCCGAUAAUCGUUCAGAACCGGAGGCGUUAAAAAUCACCGCCUAGAAGCGGCGGACAGUCACAAAUCAGUUAUCAAAUAAUUAACAAGUGCUCGAAUUAAUUAACAAGACUAGCCGUUAUCCUGAAAAAACAAUUGUGCCCCACGCACACAACAAUACAGUAUAUAAUGUUUAAUCCAAGAAAUGUAGCAGUGCUGCUAUACACUGCACUGUAUAUGACUGGGGAAUUCCCAGAAAGUCCUGUUACAACAGAUGAAAAUGAAACAAAAGACAUGUUGGAAAAUACACUUUGAUCAAUGUAUGAAGAAGCGUUUGAAGUUUAUGAAGAAUCAUCAUUAGAUUUUCAAAACGAAUUUGAUAUACCUGAAGUAGAACCUGUAAUUGAUGAAGAAAGAGAAGGUGACACAUAUUUUGUAAAAGAAAUUGAAUGUGUUGCGGAUUCUGUACCAAUAGAAUAUAAAAGAAAUGCAGUAGAGUUUUGGAGAAAUGGAACAAAAAAGUCAAGAACUCUUGCAACUAUAAGAAAUAGAUUUCGGAAAGUCACGUCAUUACGUCAAUUAAGAAGAUGGGAGCAGCAAGUAAAUCAAAGUGGCAGCAGAUUUGAUAAACUGAAAAAAAUUUCAACAUAUACGUUAAAUAAAUUCCAUGAAGGUAUUGAAAAGGGAAUAAUUAUUCAUGACAUUGAUAUUGCUCGAUGGGCUAUUCGCGCACAGAAGGAAGUAAAUCUACUUGGGUUUACAGCAUCAUUAUCAUGGGUAAAAAGGUUUAAGCUUGCACAUAAUAUCGUAUCUAGAAAAAUUACAAAAUUUAUAACAAAAAAACAUUUAGCGUCAGACAAAGAUUUAGAAGCACGAAGCAAGUCAUUUAUCGAAAAUGUUAAAUCUUUUAUUAUACAAUAUGGAAUUGAAAAUGUAUAUAAUUCGGACCAAAGUGGAUUUCAAUUAGAAUUUCAUUUCGGUCGUUCACUAUCACCUAUUGGUAUUAAAAAAGUAGAGCGCAUAGUACAAUCCAUAUCAGCAACUACACAUAGUUAUACUAUACAACCUAUUGUUUCAGCUGAUGGUAGAUUAUUAUCGCCUCUGUUUAUUGUUUUAAAAGAACCUACUGGAACAUUUGUAAAAGAAACAAUGUUUAAAGAUAAUAAUAUCUUUGUCAUGGCAUCAAAAUCUGGAAAAUUAACAUCGCAUCAUUUUGAGAUCUGGAUAAAAGAAGUGUUUUUUCCAAAUGUUGGACCAAAAUCAGUGUUAUUAUUAGAUUCUUGGACUGGUCAUUGUCCUGAUAUAAUUCAAAGAAACAAACCAGAUUUUAUAGACAAUAUUAAUUUGUUAACUAUACCAGCUGGAGCAACGGGAAAAAUACAACCUUUAGAUGUAUUCGGUUUUCGUUUAUGGAAAAAUUUUGUUAGACAUUUUUCAGAUACCAUCAUGCUUUUAGAUCUUGACGUCAAGCUUCAUUCAAGAAACAAUAUUUUAAAAUUACAAUCAUUAACACAUAAUCAAUUUUCAUCACCAAGGUUUAAAAAUUUAUUCAAAUAUGCAUGGUAUAAAAGUGGUUAUUUAGAAAAGAAACCAGAAGAAUUUGAUACACCAGUAGAUUUUUGUUUCAAAAUUAAUUUAAAACCAACAUGUGAUAUUUGCGGUGAAAUUGCUGUAAUUUCUUGCGCAUGGUGUAAAAAAUCCCUUUGUAUAAAUCAUUUCUUUCAUGAUCAUCAUCUUUGUAACCGAUAUCAACCAUGAAUAUUUUUUAUUCUUGUAUGCAAUAAUUAUGUACGGUAUUUUAUGUAAUAUUUCCAUAUACCAUACAUAUAUAUAAUGACUUAAUAAUGUAAGACAAUGUGUAUUACAUUUACUUUAUACUUUAAGAAAUUAAAUAUUAUAAAACAGAAUAUUUUGAUGAGUAAAGUACUCUAUUUCUUUCAAGUAUGUAAUGUAUGUUGUAUAUGAGCAAGGAUGUUAUCUGCAAAAAUGUAUAAAUUAAAAUAUAGUAACAUAUAAA